UAUGUUUAUAGAAAGAGAGAGAGGGAGAGUAAAAUCUACACAUUUUUUCCACUUUAGGAGUUUCUAUGUUGAUAAACAGGAUAACAACAAAUGUUAUCUUUCAACCGACCAUGCAGGAUUAGGAGGAAGUCAGUUACCUCAAGUCAUUGGUUAUGAUUAUUAUGAAAAACCAGAUGUUUGUGAUACUCCACAUUUGGAGACACAACUUGGCGGAUUUACUUAUCAUACAGUUUUUAAUACAGGUGAAGCUGACUGCAAAAAACUUUGUAGCAUGCUCAGUGAUUGCAAUACAAUUAGUAUUGUAACUUCAAAUCAGAUAUGUCACAUUUUCAAAGCAACCUUUGAUGAACUUACAGAUCGUCGUCAAUCAGUAGGGGAUACUACAUUUUCAAAAAUUGGUGUAACAAUUGAACCUUCAUUGGAUCCAGGUAAAAAAUGUUUGUUUAUUUUCAAACCCAAAUCAAUUAAAUAG